AUGCUCCGUGCAUUAUGGCUAAUGGUCAUGCUCGUCCUUUUUGGCAUGGUCUAUCUCACGGCAAUAUAUUUCAUGGAGCCAACAAACGGCUUCUACAUGGCCCACGAUCUUGAACAGAAGGCGAUAAGUCGCUGUUCGCAACCAUAUCCAUCGAAAUACCUUGUCACCCUCGCACUUAAUUCAGAACUUUCUGAGCAUUUGGAAGACUUGUGGCAAGCAAUUGGUACCAAUCAUUCACUUGUGGCCCUACUACGUACGUGGAACAUUGGCAGGUUCAAUGGGUACAGCAUCGAGUUUCCGGACAAGAAUCACUGUGUGAGAUUCUGGACAGCAUAUGAUGCAGGAUAUUUUGGAGAGGCAGUGGCCCAUGUAGAAAUGGACACCACCCAGAAAGUCGAUAUUCAACAGAUGCAAGUUAAUCCUCCUUGGGGACUCGACCGCAUCGAUCAAAGAGCUUACCCUCUCGAUGGACGUUACCAAUCCUAUCCAGAUUCGGGUGGAGAAGGUGUUGACAUUUAUAUCGUCGAUACAGGCAUCAAUAUCAAACAUAAGGACUUUGAAGGUCGUGCGGUUUGGGGAACUACGACCAGAUCUGAUAAUGCGCCCGACUUUGAUGACAACGGGCAUGGCAGCCACGUUGCCGGCAUCGCAGGCAGUAAAACUUAUGGUGUUGCAAAAAAAGCAAGGUUAAUUGCUGUCAAGGCACUGGAUGCUGACGGCCAUGGUCCUUACAGCGAGCUAAUUGAGGGGCUGCAGUGGGUGGCUAGGAAUGCCCCUCCAACUGGGAAUAAAUCCAUUGUUAACAGUCUCUCCAUUCAGGGAGAAGUGUCUCAAGCUCUCAAUGGUGCAGUAACAGGCCUUCUCGAUCUCGGUAUUCAUGUUGUCAGCGCUUCGGGCAACAGAGGUCAAGAUGCUUGUGGCUUUUCUCCUGCAGAGAUCACUACCAACACAUCGGCCAUCUCCGUUGGAGCCGUUGACGACUCGGACACCGAACCUGCUUUCAGCAACUACGGCGAUUGCGUCAGUAUUAUGGGACCCGGCGUCCGCAUUCUGAGUGUCGACGCGGAUUCGAACGACGGAACGAGAGUUAUGUCAGGCACUAGCAUGGCCGCGCCGCAUGUGUCGGGAGUACUUGCCAUUCUACUCGCUGGAGCCACCGACGGGAAUGGAAUUCCAACUGACCCUGCUGGGCUGAAGACGUACGUACUCUCGCAUGUGACAAAGGAUGUAACAGCCUCGGAUGGGACCGCGAAAGUGAAUAGCGGUGUCGUGUACAUUGGGCCGACGUAAGCCCUUAAAAUAUCAGUAUUAGGCAUGUCAAUUGGUAUAUACAUUUCCCACAACAAGAUGGCAAGGUUCACAAGG